AGAGGAAUGUUACGGCAGGCUAAUUAAGGUUUACCAGACGCAGUACAUACUUGAAUAACGAGACAUUUCCAGGUUGGAACUUUUCACAAUUUCUCGGCUACCUACAAAUAAGAUGAGGAGAAUUCCAAUACAGAACGUGGAUGUGCUAGCAGGGAAAACAUUUGACAUCAGCAUUUCUACACCGCAGACCGGUUCCAUCUUCCAUUGCCAACUAGCAAUGAUGGGCUCGUGUUAUCGUCCAUCGACGCUUCAACGAGAUUCGAGUUCCUGAUUGUCCUAUGAUUCAAGCUUUCACGUACACGGGUUUAUUUCUCAACCGGUUUUAGUCAAGCUCAAGGAAAUUGGCGGAGAAUUUCGGCGAAUUUUUGUUUCGACGAAACCGGUUCCUUUUGACUGCUUGACGCUUGUCCCUCCAGCAAAACGUCAAGAAACCUCAGUCUUGAGUAUCAGUAAGGACAAUUAACAUCAAUAUUGAAACUAAUUUACUUUUAAAUUUUAGGAGGAAUAAUUUCUAGUUGAAACCAGAUUUUUUUCGAAAUGGUUUCCCUUUUACACCUGUACGCUGUUGCGUUCAAUGGUCCCUGACCUCAGACUGGGUGUUGGCAGACCCCCUGUGUACUACUGAUGUCCUUCAAUGCAGAAAGUGUGACUGGAACAGUGCAGGAAAACUCGUUUUCUUGUGUAUUUCUACACCACAGACUGGUUGCAUCUUCCACAAAAGUAUUUUGCAUCUAGUCGUGCCUCGUGCUGUUAAUUCCGUCAGCUCUUUAUCGACAUUUGACUUCCGGAUUCCGUUUUGAUUCAAGAAAUUAACAAUGGGUUUGAGCCAAAGGACUAUUUUCAGCCUCGUCUCACUUAUCUUGGUGCUGCAAGAAUUGACUAUCACAUCAGCGACAUUUCAGUUGCAAUCUACUUCGCCGAAUUCGUCGCUGUCGACCCUGCCAUUACCAGUGCCACUUACGGCCCCUUCAGUCAUUGGGUCGAAAAACAAAUUUGUAAUGCGAAAAUGCUGCGGUCCGGGACAAUUAUACGUUUCUAAAAAGACGGGAGAAAUUCCAGAUGCCGAUCGGUGCGUCAAGUUUUCGGUCAGCAGCAGCCAUCGGCAAUCACCAGCGGUUAAAAAAUCACGCGACAUUUUCUUGGGAUCCAAACAAAGUUUUCCACCAGGAUACGGCGUUGAAGAUGUCCAAGUCAAUCCAGGAUUUCCGCGCAGUUGCACGCCGGAUGGUUGGGAUUUUUUAGAACCUGAGCUCAGAAUGGGCGAUCUCUUCUACGCCCUUUCUUCCGGACAGUUGUUAGUUCCUCAUCAGUUUUUCUUCUUGGAAUUUGACAGUUAUUGCAUCGAAGACUAUGCGGACGAAAGAAACGUCACCAAGGCGAGAAGAAUGGCUUUCGUGUGUUCCGUGCAAACCCAAAAAUUCCCCACAACUGCUAUCGACAGCUCGGGAAAAUUGAGACUGGAUUUCAUCAAAUCUGAAGACUAUGCGGAACUGUUUGCAUCGAAAUUCAAUGGAAGAAGAGUGAUCCGGAAAUGCUGCGGGCAUCAUCAAUCCUUAGACAGUUUUGCUGGAAGCAAUGGCAAGCCCGCGUGCCGGGAAAAUCAAGGACUCGUGACGCGCUUCUUUGAAAAUUUUCAGACGCUCGAAGAUUCCACAAGUUUGUUCUUCCGUUUCGGCCAUGCCAAUUGCAGCACCCGCCCAAUUCGUACCACGGUUUUUCAAUUGCAUUUCAAUGGUAGUUUGGAAAUCAUGGUGGAUAACACUAACGCCAACUCAAACACUCGACUAGUCUCUAUAGAAGAUUACUGUUUGGAUGACAUGGUAGAGUUUGGUUACGUCACCCAUUUACCUUAUGCUACAACCUACGCCUUCUAUUGCCCCGGUGAAGAACCAAGUCUUAUCGAACCAGAAUUCAGUGAUGGAUCUGAAGUGACUGAAUCGCCAAGCACCGAUCCACCACCUACUUAUCCGCCAGUGACUGAAACAACCACGAGUGAACCCGACCCUACUUAUUCGAACAACGACGAUCAAUAUGAUAAUUCGACUUUAAUCACCAUUCCCAAAUGUUGUCCACCUGGGCACGUCAUGGGUGAAGAAUAUACCUGUCAGCCUCUAUGGUGGUGGCCCACCAAGCGUCCUUGGGACGAACCUAUUGAACCAGCUUUGAUUGUGUCAGGAUCGAUUAACGAUGAUUUAAUAACCUAUCAUAAUAAUUUAAGCGUCAUCUUGAUCCCCAACGUAACGUUGAGCUCUUGCAAAGCUGGUCAACUUCAACAACCGAUACCCUUAUUUGCUCAAUACUCUCAAAUCAUUCCGAUAUUUCGAAAUGAUCCUAAACAUGGAGUCUUAGUUUCAUUCCACACGCUCGUUGAAUAUUACUGGGACGUCAAGUCUAAAAUCAAUUCGUUUUGUGUGGACCAACUAUUUUUCAGACAGGAGCAGGAUGUUUAUUAUAACGCUCAAGUUUUCCAUUGCAUUACCAUUGAGACUUUUAAGAGUCAUCGUCCAAUAAUUCUGUUGAUUUCUACUGCGGGUUUAUUGGCGACAUUUGUUAUUUAUUUAUUCGUCCCAGCUUCAGGUUCUGCCAAAUUGGUUCUAUCUGCUUUUGGAGGAAAGAGAAAUAGAGGAAAUGGGGGAAUAGGAGGAAUGAAUACCAUGGCCAAGACGUUAACCGGUCGUAUUUUACUUUGUCACGUCUUAUCAUUGGCCUUAGCGUUUACUUGCCUGGCGAUUGUUCAACUAAAGCUCGUCGAAUCUCUUCAAAGUUCUUGUAUCGCCAUCGGCUACGUUACUUACUGGGCGUUUAUAGCUUCAUUUUCCUGGCUGACAGUGUACUGUUUUGACUACUACCACAUCUUUAGCGGAUCCUUUAAGGUCACCAAUGAAAAAUUAUUCAUCCCGUAUUCAGCAUUCGGAUGGGGUGUUCCUUUCUUGGCAACGACCAUAACAAGCAUCGCACAAUUUCGGUCUGCGGCGUUGAGUAUCUCCAGCCCUUUCAAUCCCAACUUUGGUUACGACCGCUGUUGGUUUCCUGACGAAAGCUCGUCAGCGCUAAUAACUUUCUUUUACGUUCCUGUUGGCAUACUCCUAUUACUUGACAUCUUUUUCUUCCUGAGUCUGAUGUUCAAUGCCAACCUGAUGCACUGUUGGCAAAGGCAAGCUAUGGCGAUCCGUUCUACUCGAAAGAAUUCUACAACCUCAAAAGAGCACGAAGAUUUGAAAAUGGCGGUCAAACUAUUUUUCAUCACCGGAAUUCCUUGGAUCUUCGAAUUGAUUGGAUAUCUGGUUUCAAGAUUGGACGGUUCAAAUGUAGGUCUUUAUUAUUUCUUUGAGUUCUGCGUCAUUAUCAACACCUCGCGCGGAGUUUUCGUUUUCGUGAAUUUUAUUCUUUUGAAUCGAGACGUUCGAAAAUUCUUGUGGUCCCCCAUCAAAAGCAUUUUCCAACGGGAACCUCCAACGCUUGCCGACGGCACUGCCAUGAAUCACACAAACACAGACAAUGAUCAAUCCACGUCCAAUCUAACGACACAGUCAACCCCCACCACUUGUUCGGAAACAACAUCAAACCUGGAGUGUUUCGAAGCUGACGAGUACACCCAUUUAUAACACGAUGUGAGGAACGAAACCUUGUAACAUCUGAUUAAAAGCCGAAGCCUCCAUCAACUUUCGUUUGGGGUUUUUGUCUAUUAGGAUAGAGUCAAUAUUGAUUCAUCUUUUUCUGCCAACCCCUUAAAUUUCCUUUCAAGUAAAUAGUAAUAUCCACACAAUCACGAAACACACGUCGAUAAAAAAAAUAAAUCAGAAGCAAAACCAA